AUGUCCCGAACAAGUUUCCGCUCUAGACUGGUUCCCACGAGCAUCCGGUCGGGAAUAAGCAAACUUGGUUCACUCACUGAGAUUCACGCGGCAAACACACCAUCAGCUUGCGAAGAUAUUAGGGGCGCCCGGCCUGGCCUUGAGAACCUUGCAUGGAUAUCGUCAAUGGAGCCAGUCACAGCUCUAUUUUCGAAACCAUCUUAUUACUUUCAAGGACUCGAGAGGACGAGAGGCACAAAUAAUGCAUUUACGUCAAUGGCGCGUAUCGUCGUCAUUGCAAAGAGAGUGCAGAGUGGGACUCGUGCUUUCCAGUGGCCGGUGAUGUCGGGACCAGCUGUAAGCAUCCUCGUGGUCGCCCUCUUGGCCAACCGGUGCCCUUGCCAAGUAAGCGGUGAAAAUUACAAGAACCUUGAACAGCAGAGUGAGAAAGUGAUAACUCUACGCCUUUUGACAUUUGAAAGUGAUUUUCAACAGGUCUUGCGUAAAGAAAUACUAAGACAAAGAGACGUGGUUGUUCUUGUGCCCGGGGUGCUGGGAGAACAACUGGAGCCGUUUCCUCAGGCGACGCAUCUCAACCUCUCCAUUUUGCAUCGCAGAGAGGAAAGGGAUGGCGCUUCCCUCGCUUCUUUCCUUCUUCAAAACAUUCCCUUCGCGCCAAAAAUCGCCAUCUUGGUUGACGACGAUCAUGAAGAUGUCGCCUUGCAGCUACAGCGAGCCCUUCACCAAGCAGGACUUUCUGUUACGACUUUCACCUUCAGUCCCCUCCUGAUGGGGUUAAUGGAAGAAUUGACGUCAACGACCAGCAUCGGCAGAAGACAUUACGUCAUUACCUUGUGCGCAAAAGAAAGUAUUAUUAGGAUCUUCGAACAGGCACAACAGAGGGCGCUGCAAACCGUUCGUGUGACGUGGGUGGUCAUGGCGCGCGAGCUCAUUUCCCGCCAAAUUGAGAAUCUGCUUCAGGAAGGAACUCAGGUCGUGUUGAUGUUCAGAAGAAAUCACAAAAGCUACAGUAUAUUCUCCACUCGAGUACAGGCGAAUGGGCAAGUCAAACUUCAGCGAUCGGGAACCUGGGACAGCGAAGGAACCUCCCCACCCACUACCCUCUCCUCCUUCACGCCCUUCGGAGACCUCUACAGGGACUUCGGCGGGAGGGAACUCGUCGUGGCGGCCAACGACAACUGGCCCUUCUUCGGGGUGGAGGAGGUGGACGAGGUGGAGGGAGUGGAGGGAGAGGAGGGUGGAGCAAAACGUCUCCGUCCUACGUCUGGCAUCGACGUCAGCAUCAUGGAGGCCUUGAAGAGGAGUCUUAACUUUACGUACCGUGUGGUAUCGCCCGCAGAUGGAAAGUGGGGCGGACCGCAGCCAGAUGGCACCGUGACGGGCAUUAUAGGCCUCGUAGCACGAAGGGAAGCGGACAUAGCCAUCUGCGAGAUCACCAUUACAGGCAGCAGGGAGAGCGUGGUGGACUUCACGUGGCCUUACUACCUCGAGUCCGUCACCCUCGUGUCCCGCGCGCCGGCUCCCAAGCAGAGGACUUUCGCGGUUCUUUGGCCCUUCACGCUGGAGGUGUGGCUGUGCAUCAUCUUCUCCACCCUGGCCGUGGGUCCUGUGAUGAAGGUGGUCCUCCUCGCCCCGCCCUCGACGCCAGGGGUCAGCGCCCCCCUCCCGCGCCCCUUCCCCCUCCCGCGCCCCUUCCCCCUCCCGCGCCCCUUCCCCCUCCACGUCCUCUCCUUCAACUUCUUCAGGAACCUGGUGGUGCAAGGGAACCUCCUGCGCGUCGGGGGCUGGCCCGAGAGAUUCGUCUUCUUCUUCUGGUAUCUUUUCUGCUUCUAUGUCUACGCCUUGUACUCGGGAACGCUGACAGCUGUAUUGGCUGUUCCUGCCUUCGAACGACCCAUUAACACCCUCAGCGACCUUUCGAAAGCCAAAGAAAACGGGUAUACGAUCGGCACGAUUCAGGACUCUAGCCUCGAGUUCAUCUUUAAGGAGGCCAAGGGCGGCAUUUACCAGGAGGUGUGGCAGCUUUUCGACCAUGAGGACCGCGCCCGCAGUUUCCUGACGCACCCCGACCUGGGUUUUGACAAGAUCCAAUCGGAGAAGUUCGUGUUCGUGAACCCCGAACUCAACUCGAAGAUCCGCGCCGCCCAGAGAGGGAGGGACGAGUUCUACUUCGGGCGCCAGACGUUCUACCCUCAGGGCUACGGGAUCGCUUGCUACUCGGGGGCGCCCUUCCUCGGGGUUUUUAAUCAGAUGCUGGGUCGCAUGAUCUCUGCCGGCCUCGUCAACAAGUGGGCCCAGGACGAGGUGCAGAAGGUGUCGAGGACGAGCGCCACCUCGAGGAAGGGCGUGGCCGGAGGUCCUUCGGCGAUCACCCUCGAGCACCUUCAGGCGGCAUUCUUCAUCCUCCUCAUCGGUUUCCUGGUGUCGCUUGUGGCCCUGUUGGUGGAAAUCGUCGCCAAAAAGAUAUAGGAUUUCCUUUUUCAUUGUUUAUUCGAUAAGAUUAUAAUAGAGGGAAAUGGUUAGUGUUUUUUGUUGUUGUUUUUUCACAGGUAAGCGGUUUGAUGAAUUCUUUGUAUGUUUGUUUGUUUUUGUUUUUGUUUUGAUCAGUGGGUUGAUUAAGUUGAUUGAUUACUCGUGGAUGAAAUUAGUAGGUGGAGCAAAUAGGUAAUAAUGAAGUGAAUUCUUGAAAUAAAAAAAAGGUCUUUCGACUGAGCAGGAAAAAAUCGCAAGAAUAACAAAAAUAUUAAUACUGAGAAAAGGACAAAAAUACAAUGCGGUUUUAAUUUGCGGGAUUGGUAUAAGGGUAAAAUAUCCGAUUUUUGUUAUUGUUAUUAUUUCUAUUUUUUGUUUUUUUAUCCGUUUUAUUGUAUUUUGUUUUGAGUGUCGCUUUCAUUCAUUCACCUUCCAUUUUUUUCCGUUUUCUUUGAUUAUUUCAUUUCACUUUACACUUUCCAAUCAACCGAAUUUCGUCUGGUGUUAUCUUCUGCAAAUUUACAAUUUCAUAUAGUCCUAAAUCAAAUACAAUGCCAUGUAUAAUGUAUAAAAGUGAAGUAGUGUUAUCUCCUUGUGACGGUAAUGACUCAAGAUAAAAAUUAGUGAUGAUUAAAUCAGAUUUUUAUUCCCUCUGUCUACGAUAUGUAAUCUUGGGAAAUUUAUAAAAGCAGCCAUAAUUAGAUUAAACACUUAUUGUUGCUUUAA